CAUCAUGUGCGAACUACAUGUCCACAUUUAGUCCUUAUCACCGAGUGAUUGUGACAUAGGUUAUACAUUCCCAUUCGGGACGUGUUUUCCUGGGAUGGAGACGGCCGUGAGUCACGGUAUUCACGCCGACGAUAAAUACUGUCGAGAUGAAAGUGGCUAUUAAUAUAUAUACGGAAUACCUAUCUGUUAGAUUCAAAGUUACACAUCGCAUCACAUUCGAACAUUUCGUUGAUCAUGAUGAUCUUUUGGCUGCAAGUUGGUGCAGCAAUUUUUGGAUUAUACGCAGUAUGGAGGAUUCACUCAAAAUAUUGGAUAACUCGACGGAAUGAAGCGUCCAAUUUCAAUGACGAGAAAAUAUCGACCAUUGCCAAUCCUCCAAGCAUCACUCCUCUAUCAGAUUUCGACUGGCGUACCACCGAGCCCCUCAGACUGCGACCUUUCAAACCAGUAUACCACAUGACAAUGGGCAUUCAAUCAUGUCCUCCCUCCGAACUCAUAGAAAUGGACCGAACAUACCUUGACCGUCUCACUGUCCGCACCAACGUGAUAAGAGAGCACACCCCUACAGUAGUCCAAGCCCUGCCAUCAUCCUAUGCUGCGGUUCAGGAACUUUACACGUACUUAAUUGCCAAAUACCUCCCUACUCGAUUUCCCACUAUCUACUCUCUUCAUCCUACAUCUCUCUUGAACAAGGCAACAGGCCAUCAUAUUCCUCUUGCUCCUUCUUCUCCUAUCGAAGCUCUCCGUAUCUUAGGCACAAAUAUUGACACCGAUUUUCUCCUACUGGUUACUUCUCCCGACGGCGACGGUUAUAUCUUGGGAGGGUUCAUCGCAUGCUUCCCAUCCGGGUUCGAUACUCAAGCACUGCUCGGUAAAAAAAUAAGAGAUAUUCAUAAACCAGUGCCAAAGUACAAAGAGAAGCUGGAAACGAGUAUGUAUCGGAGUUUCGAUCGAUUGGAAGUUGGAAAAAUAAUCAAGAGAGUCAAUUGGUCGAUAACUACCCACUCGCGCUUAUUUACAGCGACUGGAAAUCAUCUGUAUGAAGGCGAAGAGAUGAAGGAAGAAGAGUUUGACAUCGAAGACACGAACCUCCGCUGUGAACGUCAACUAGUACAUCGUCUUCCAGAAACUAAAGCCUUGGUAUUCUCGCUCAAAACCUAUCUUACACCAAUUACCCAAAUCAAAGAAGAAGGCUUGGGAGAGCAGCUGGCAGAGGCAGUCGAUGGUUUGAAAAAGGGAAAUGUACCGGAGAUACAUCGCUAUAAGAAAAGUGGCGUUUGGGGGGAGAAAGUAAAGGAAUAUCUGAGAAGUUAGGAAUUACGAGACACGACAUAAUGAAAUGAUCA